AGUAGAUCAGUUUAAUUCAGACAAGAAUUUAACUAACAACUGUUCAAGUUGAAAGCGGAUUUUCUCUCUCUUGUGAAUAAACGGUGUUAAUCAGUCGUAUGCAGAUCUUCACAGAAAAAUAGAUCCUCAUAUGCAUGUGUUUAUAUAAUCAAAUUUUGUGUGGCGAAGGACUUUAAUCAAAUCAAAUUCAAUGUGAAGUGUUGUUGUGAAAUGUAAAAUUAGCAAAUAAAUUUAUAGUUUUAGAAAUUUUUAUAAUAUGAGUGUCUAAAAAUCGUUUGAUUUGAACUUUUGAACUGUGAAGCCAGUGUUUUGAACGUUUAGUGCCAAAAAAAUUUUAAUUAAACAAAAUAUUUUUUUUUUGUAAAAAUAACACUUUAAUAACAAAAUAUUAAUUUAAUAAAUCCUUUGUUGUGUGAUAAUGCCGACAAGCGGUCUAGAGCGUAAUAUUUCAGCCAGCCAAACGGAAAAUAUCAACGUAACCAAAGAUCCACAACACAGCAAUGGCGAGCACAAGCUAAAUCAAAAUGUACGCAAAGGAUGGAAUAUCAAAGCUUCGAAAAUCUCUACGAAAACACACAAUCGCAUACGUGCCAUUGUGGAGUCCUUGAAAAUCAAACCGAAUCCUGACAAGCCAAUGAUACCGUUAUCUAUCGGUGAUCCAACGACAUUCGGUAAUCUACGCGCCUCCGACGAAACCAUGCUGGCCGUACAGCGAUGCAUCGAAGGCGGCAAAUAUAAUGGCUACGCCCAUUCACAGGGACACGAGGAGGCGCGACGCGCUAUCGCUAAGUACAGUGCACAUCAGAGCGCCGAGGAGAUAAAGACGGAGAACAUACUAAUGUGUAGCGGUUGCUCGGCGGCACUGGAAUAUUGUAUACUGGCACUUUGUGACAGAGGACAGAAUUUACUCGUACCACGCCCUGGUUUCUGUUUGUAUCAAACGCUAGCCGAAGGUUUGGAUAUUGAGAUACGUUAUUACGAUUUGUUGCCGGAACGUCAAUGGGAGGCUGAUCUGCGUCAGUUGGAGAGUUUGAUUGAUGACAAGACUGCGGCGCUGCUAAUCAAUAACCCGAGUAAUCCGUGUGGCAGUGUAUUCAGUCGCAAGCAUCUGGAGGACUUGUUGGAUAUUUGUGAACGCAAUUAUUUGCCCAUAAUAGCGGAUGAGAUUUACGAGCAUUUGGUAUUCCCCGGUUCGCAGUUUAUAGCCAUUAGUAGUCUGUCUAAGAAUGUGCCGGUACUCACUUGCAGUGGUACCACUAAACGCUUUCUGGUGCCCGGCUGGCGCAUGGGUUGGAUUAUCGUGCACGAUCGCGAGAAUCGUUUGGCACAAGCGGUGGUAGGCUUGAAGAGCAUGUGUGGUCGCAUUUUGGGUUCUAAUAGCAUAGUACAGGGUGCGCUGCCCGAUAUGUUGGCGAAGACACCAAAGAGUUUCUUUGACAGUGUGAUUAAUGUGCUCUAUACGAAUGCACGUUUGGCUUAUCGCAUCUUGAAGAAGGUACGCGGUCUCAAUCCUAUUAUGCCGGAUGGCGCUAUGUACAUGAUGGUCGGCAUCGAUAUCGAACAUUUCCCAGCCUUCAAGACCGACACGCAUUUCGUGCAAGAAUUGGUGAAUGAGCAAAGUGUCUUCUGUCUGCCGGGUGCCUGUUUUGAGUGCCCGAAUUUUAUGCGCAUAAUUUUGACAGUUCCUGGUGACAUGAUGAAGGAGGCUUGCGUGCGUGUAGCUGAAUUCUGUGAGUCGCAUUAUAAGAAUGACGGUAACAUUAUUGAGCAUGGACUCUUGGACUGAAGCUGGUACUUUUGCUUGGAAUACGAUAUAACCUAAACUGGGAUGUAUUGUAUGAAUAAAUAUAUUGUUUAAUAAUACCGUCUCUUGUUACGUAUAAGCAAGGCUAUUGAAAAGUGCGUUGAUUUAUUUAGUGAAACCGCUGUGAAAAAUGAAUAAAAAUGCAUUUGUAGUACUUAGUGGUUUAGUUUUAUAGGCAAGCAGUCAAAGUCAAAUUUAUGAACUUAAUAGUUUUUAGAUAAGUAACUAAUAGGUUCUUCCGAUAAGUUAUUAUAUUCAAAUGUUACUACUAAUAAAUAAAUAACCGUAA